UCGGGAGGCUCUAGACUUCACUCUUCAGUGAAUAGAUUGAAAGGAAGAGCAAAGGAGGGUCUAACCGAGCAUCCGCCGCCGGUCGUAGGCGCCGCCUUCGGCUACCUAUCACUGCCGAUUGGAGAAGCUAUUGCUGGAUUUCAUGGUGCUCUGUGCUUCGAUGUGCGAGUUGUGAAGUAUCUCCCUCUUAAGCAUUUGCUGUUCGAGUAAGAAGCCGAGCUGUCGCUGUUCCGUUGAUUUGUGUUUGGUGCGAAAGCUUUGACGCACUAGUGUUUUCCCGUAAGCUUCAAGUUUCGAGAUCUUCGAUGCCUUCGUUUAACUAUUGACUGGCUAAAUAGAAACUCAAAUCAGGCUUAAGCUGGGAUUAACGGCUUCCAAUGUGCUUUAGCUUCACCCUUGGGAAGCAAAGCUUGAAAAACCUUCGUACAUAAACCUAACUUUGGGAUAAUGGAGUGUGUGGUUCAAGGAAUAAUCGAGACUCAGCAUGUGGAGGCGCUAGAGAUACUUUUGCAGGGUCUUUGUGGAGUUCACAGAGAACGUUUAAGGGUCCAUGAGUUAUGCCUCAAAAGCGGUCCUAAUCUAGGACCGGUUGCUUCUGAAGUUCGGCUCUUGUGUGACCUUGAGCAUUCUGAACCCACUUGGACUGUUAAACAUAUUGGGGGUGCAAUGAGGGGAGCUGGUGCGGACCAGAUUUCUGUCCUUGUAAGGAGUAUGAUAGAGAGCAAAGCAAGCAAGAAUGUUCUUCGUUUGUUCUACGGUCUUGGUUACAAGCUGGAGAAUGAGUUACUAAGGGUUGGAUUUGCCUUCCACUUCCAAAGGGGUGCUCAAAUAACCGUUACAGUGUCGUCUAUUAAUAAGAUGCUGAAACUGCAUGCCACAGAUGAGGCUGUACCUGUAACCCCUGGCAUACAGCUUGUUGAAGUAACAGCCCCUGCAACACCAGAGAAUUAUUCUGAAGUAGUUGCUGCAGUCUCGUCCUUCUGCGAAUAUCUUGCGCCGCUUCUGCAUUUAUCAAAGCCAGGUAUCUCAACUGGGGUUGUUCCGACUGCUGCGGCUGCUGCAGCAUCACUAAUGUCUGAUGGUGGGGGCACAACCCUAUAGCCUACAAGGUAAAUGUGUCAAGAGUAAAAAGUUAAGAAGGUCGUUGUCGGUUCAAUCUUUUCAUAGCAACUGUGUCUGUAAAGUGGCUUUAUUGCACCCUUUCGAUGGAUUUGUUGCAGGUAUGCUCCUUUAUACAUGUUCCAUCCUGUAGUUAGUUAGGUUCUACAACCUUGAAAGGCAGUGAAAGUUUGAGACAAACACCAGUUCGUGUCUUCAUGUUUAUGGUGAAAUGUUAUCCAUAAGUUCAACACUGAAUUUGUCGACGUGAUUCUUCUGAACUGUCCCUCCUGUUUUUUUCUUACUCCCCCUAGAAUUGCAAGUCUGUUGGUGAUGGACAUGAUGGUUAUAUAUAUAGUAAAAGGUGUGAGCAGUUAAGGUAAUGGCAGCAGCACGGUGCUGAAAGGGUUGGGGAGAUGGGAGAGGGCCCUUGUCCUUUGUAUUAGUUGCUGCAUUGAGACUGUCGCAACCUCUCCUACAAUAGAAUCCGGGUUGAAAGAAAAGGCAAGGCUGCGUUCUAGCAUUGAACGUCAGCCUAGACUUGCUCCCAACAUUUCAUUUGUUCGUGUCCCAAUCUCUCUCAGCAAGUCGUUGGUUGUUGCCAUAUCUGACUGCUUUGAUCGACCCGUCAAUGCUGAUCCAUCAUCAACUUGACAUUCUUUUCAAUGUCUCUUUGCCUCAAUUAUUAGAUUAGUGAAGGGGUGAUUUUCAAGCAUGGGCAAGAUUUGCACUUCUUGUCUCUGGCAUGAAACUCCUUGCGGUUUUAAUUCUUAGACCACCUGCGCGAAGAUUUAGUGAAUCCGGAAGGCAUGUUAGGGCACUUAGGCUGCACCUUUGGUUUUAGUGGAGGUAUUUUUACCGGACAAUCUCAUUAGUCAGUAGUAUCAAUAAAAUGGGAACUGCUACUUGUUUAUAUCUCGAUAUUGCCGGCUUAGUCCAAUGUUUGUCUUGUCAAUUUACACGCCGAGUGCACACAAGAAUAGGCAGCAUAUGUGCAAGCGCCCAUGGUCAGAGGAUUAGUCAAUGUUGAGAACAUGCCAACAUGGAGAAAGGAUGAGGCAAAGUGUCAAUGCCAGGGGUGGUUGACUCUGUUGAAUAGGUGACGUGCAAAGAAGCAAACCGAGUGUCAAAGCACAUGGUGGGUCCUUGGGAGAAGAUUUUAUAAAUUAUAUAUAAUAGUUGACCAAUGCUACGGUGCCGCUAGGAGUGGAAAUUGGUAUUGUAUUG